CUCAGCAAGGAUGUGGCAUGCCCGGUUGGAUGGUAAUUGUGUUGGUUAGUUAUGCAGGUGACUCGAGUUCGAUUCUUACCCCACCUUUUUUUUUUCUUUUUUUUCCAGAAACAAAUUAAAAUCAAUUGGAGACUAAACAUUUAAGGAAGUGGCAUACCCGGCUGGUUGGUAAGACUAUUGGCUUAAUACUUGUGAGACUGGAGUUCGAAUCCUGCUGCAACAAAUUUUUUUUUUUUAUUUGCUGGCCGGUGUCUCUAAUUUAUAUUCCGCUUUUCUCCCCUUUUCUGUCUUCCCCCUUCUCGCAGCUUACAAGAACAAAAAAAAAAAAACACGCUACAGCAUCGCAGCUCUCUCUCCCUCUCUCUCUCUGGUCGACGCACUCUUCCCCCUGGUGGCGGCGCCCCUUCCUCCUCCUGCACUUUCCGACGUCGACGGCACUGACACAGCCGGUGCUUCUUCCUGCUGCAUUUUCCCGUCACCGAGCCAAAGUUUUAGAUCAAAAUGUUGUCUAAUAGAGAAUGGAUGUACACGAAGAGACUUGAUAGUCGUCGUUUGUUUAAUCCGUGUAUUCAUCUCUUUUGGGGAUCAAAAAAUCCACAGCGCGUGUAUUCAUCUCUUUUUAGGGAGAAUUUAGAUCAUCCGUGGGCCCGGUUCAGUGAUAUUCCAAAUGAGGCUCUUCUACAGAUGUUUUCGCGUUUCGGGGAAAAAUUGAUGGGUAAACCACCCACACAAUAUGAUGUUUUCGUGAAGACGCAUGGCACUGCCGAGUCAAAGAAAAAAUAUUUUGAGGGAAAUCAUGAAAAUAUUGAAUAUUGCUCGCAGACGGCCAAAGAAGCACUAGAGGGGUAUCUGCAUGGGUUGGUCAACAAAUUUGGUGAAGAUCCUUCAAAUCGUAAGGAUGAUGUAGAUGUAUGGGAGGAAACCCAACUUAGAAGAAAAGGAAAGAAGAAGGGUGCUAUCUAUGGGAUAGGAGCAUCGGAUAUACAUUUUUUGGUUUUAGGGACUCCAUCUUCCCAAUCCACCCAGUCCACCCAGUCGACUAGCACGCAACAAGAGGUUGAUAGGUUGCGUGCGCAAGUUUCUGUCAUGGAACAACAACAACAAAUGAAAGAACAAAUGGAGAUGGUUAUGAGGAUGAUAAAUAUAUCUGGAAAUCAACCCCGUGGUCCCCCCGAUAAUCCACCCGAGGACAAUUGAUAAGUAUGGAACAAUUGAAUUUGUAAACACUUGUAUGGUUUGCUUGUUUUGUUAUGCCUAAUUUGUAUGGUACUUGAGACAUUUGUAUGGUAUUUAAGACAAUGGAAUUGAAUGUGUCAAAGUUGGUAUUAGGGAUAUUUUUUGGUGUAUUUUGGA